GUGCUUAUCCACAGGCUACUGUUUAUAGCUAAACGAUGGCUUCUUCGCUUCUUCCUUGCCAUCAGGGCGUGCCUUGCAGACAAGCCCUUGCCGCUCCGUGCGCGCGCUCUUGCAGAACAAAGCGUGGGAAGACAUUGAUUUACGCAAGCUUUAAACUAAGCAACUUGACCAGCACUGGUGUCAGUGCAACUGCCCGCCAGCAGCAGAACGCGGUUGUCUCCAUUGACCCUAAAGUUGCCACCGCCACCUCGCAAGCAAGCUCUUCGCGCGGAGGACUGUCGUUGCCAGUCAUUGCUUUGGCUGCUGGCGCUUUGGGCCUGCUUGCAAUUGUUGUGAAGAAGCUUCGAAACAACGGCUUGGAUGAUAACACCUAUCGCUAUAGCGCAAACAUGCACCUUGCCGACGUCAUGAAAGACGUGAACACGGUUCGCAUUGAGGACCUCUCGCCAGACCAAAUCGAAUCAGCCAGGGCCCGGCGAAGCAAGGAGCGGGCCAAUCACAAGCUGUCCCUCGAGGAGAUCGACCUGCCUCAGAACCACCCAUUCGCGACUAAGCAGAAGCUGUCAAAGGAGGAGCAGGAGCAGUCUCUCCAGAACUUGCGGGCGCGCAGCAUGCGCCGCCGCAACUACGAGGCCAUGCAGAAUGGUAGCGAGGGCCCACGCAACGGACUGGGGAUUGGCAACCGCCAACGGUGAGGCGCAAGUGUGUAGACGGCCGGCAUUGUAACCGGUUAGGUGUAGUGUAAGGUGCAACCUGUAGGACUAGGGCUGGACCCGGGAUAUGCUGACAUGAGUAAGUCUGGCUUGAGGCGACUAGGAGCUUCUCCCUGACGACCGGUUGUAGCGGUAUGCGGCAAGCUAUGACGUGCACGGUUGCGCAAUAACAGUAACGCGGUGUACAUAUAAAAAGAUGUACCGGCAACAUCAUGCCGUGCAGAAGCAGUUUGGUUGUUCAGGGUACGGUUGACGUAGGUCGGUGAAGAACCAGCCUGCUGACUUUGGGCGGCUGGAGUGCGGAAACCUAAUGGCCUGUAGCCAAGGCUGCAGGAUGAAGAUUUGGUGUUGGGUUAAGUUCCGGGAAUUGGGGUUGCUUUAUGUUUCACUAGGUCAAUGCCCGACAGCCGGCAUACGUUGGCAGGGACACGACGUACGAAUGAGGUUAAAUUGAGACCAUAACAUGAGGUGGUGAUAAUGUGGGAAAAUGGAGGAGCGGUGAGCUCAAUGUCGGUGUGGGUUACGAAGUAUGUUACAUCAGGUGCAUUGGCACCCUAAGGAUAACCUGACA